AUGCACCGGCCGCUAUUUCUGAGUAUCGUGUCAGCUUUAGAGGCUCGGUACAAGUGUUUCCGGUUCAGGGAGGAUGCGAGUGGUAGGCCCGAUCACUUUUCGAUACAGAAGUGCACCACCGCAAUCAGGCAAUUAGCCUGCGAAGGCGCAACCAACAUGUUCGACGAGUACCUUCACAUAGGCGAGACGACUACCCGCGAGUGUCUGCAGCAUUUCUAUCGGGGCGUCAUUCACAUAUUCGGGGAUAGGUAUCUUCGAAAGCCUACCCCUGAUAACUGCCAAGGUCUUAUGGAUGUGCACGAGAGGGUGCACGGUUUUCCCGAAAUGUUGAGCAGCAUAGAUUGUAUGCAUUGGGAGUGGAAGAACUGCCCCACCACCUGGAAAUGGAUGUACACAACCGACUUCAAAGGCAAGAAUCCCAUGAAUGAUCCUCGAAGCCGUAGCUGA